UUGUUUAUCAAUUCGAAUCGUGCACGUUCUUGUUUUUAAAGUAAUUUUCAUCGUUUUUUUUUUUUUUAAUAAUUACAAAUUUUCAAUAAAAAGGAAUAGAAAACUCUUAAUCCUUUUCUGAAGAAAAAAAAAAUGCCAAGCAUAACAUCACCACAGGAAAAAGAGAAAUUAAGAAAAAGGUUGCAAAAACUAUUUCAAAGGCAAGAAUAUCUAGAAGAGUCUGGAGCCGGUAAGCCUAACAAAAUGAAAAAUAAUAAGCUGAUUAAAAAUAAACAGACGAAGGAACAACCGAUCGAAGGACAAAAGAAGCAACAAGUUAAGGGCGACAAAUUAAAACAAAAUCAAGCAAAAGCCAUAACUAAGAACUUAAAGAAACAGCAGACAGUUGUAAAUAAAAGUCCAAUGACGGAUGACUCCAGCAAACAAAAUGGUCCUGUAAAAAGCCCCAAGAAAACGGCUUCAGAAAGGAAAAAUGAAAAUUCAACAAAAUCACCAACGGUUGAGGAAAAUAAGGUUAAAUUAAAAGUGAAUAAAUUAAAAAAUAAAGCACAAACUUCCCCAACAACAAAGACUGAAAAGGAUAAUACUACAAACUCCCCCACACUGCAAGAAAUUAAAACUAAAGUUACAAAAAUAAUUAAACAAGAAAAGGUGAAUAAAGUCAUGAAUGAAAAGUCUAAUGUCAAAGUCUCACCUACUGCAAAAACGAAGAAUAUGGAAAAGUCCAAUAACAACAAAAAUUAUUUAAAACAAAAUUCUCAACAGAAAGAAAUUGAAACGAAAAAGAUCACUAAAGACAAUGAGACAUUGAAGCAAAGUCCGCCACAGAAAGGAAUUGAAAAGGCAACUAUCAGUAAGAAUACAAAGCAAUUAAACCAAAAUCCGCCGCAGAAGAGAAACGAAAAGGUCACGGUUAAUAAGAACAAAAAGAAAUUAAAGCAUGAGCCACAACAGAAUAAAAUUGAAAAGGAAGUGGCCAAUAAAGUUAAAAAUGAUUUAAAACAAAAGCCUAAAAUGGUAAAGGAAAAUGUGAAGAAAACUUUAGCAGAGUCCAAAAAGAAAUCUCAGCAAAAAUCUCAAAAUCAACAACAAACUCCUAAAAACAAUAAUGUCGAAACUAAGAUGAAUAACAAUCAAAAGAAGAAAGCCAAAAAACGUGCUGCCACUGAAAACUUAUUUAAGGAGGAGGACAUUAUCAGUGCAAAGAAAAAACCCAAAUUGGUAAAUAAAUCUAAGGAGACAAAGGAAAAUACUAGUAAAAAAUCCAAUCAGAAAAAAGUCAAGAAACCUAAAGACAACAACAUAACUCAAGUCUCAUUAUCCUCUAAAUUAGAGAAUGAAUUUGAUGGUGAUAGUAAUGCUGAAGAUAAAUUUAAUAUCAAUGGCAUGACAGGCUGUGUAAUGGGUGGUGAUUUUGAUUCAGACGGUGAGGAAGAAGACGAUAUGGAGUGGAACUAUUGGAAUCAAGAGGAAAGCAGUAGCAAUGAUGAAGAUGAUGAUGAUAUUAGCAUAACGGAAAUAAAUUCCGUAGACUUAACACCAGAAGAAGCAUAUAAUGGAGAUUCCCAAACACAGCUAGAACAAUAUGAAAAUAAUGAAUCUAUGGGCAGUGAAGAGGAAUAUUAUGAUAGUGAUGAAGAUAACUAUAAUGAUUACUAUAGUGAUUCGGAGGAUGAAGAGGAAGAGGAGGAAGAAGAAGACUAUACAGAUUUCGAUGAAAAUGAUUAUGAGGAGGAUGAAGAUAGUUAUAAUUAUUCAAUGGACAGUGAAGAUGAUUAUUCUUCGAAUUAUAACAAUAGUUCUUAUGAUUUCCAUGAUGUAGAAGAUGAUGAUGACUAUGAGUUGCCAAAACAUAUUCCAGAGGAUUUGAUUAUACAUAGAGGAACAGCCACCAAACAUGACUUAAGACCCGAGCAUAAUGUAUCCUUUGACAGUGAAAACGAAGACGCCCAAAUAAUUGAGAUAGAAGAGAAGAAUAUGGUUAAAAUUAUAAACCAACCAAAGGGAUAUGAAAAAGAAGAAUUGUUAAAAUUAAAAUACGAAGAGAAAUCUUUAAAAGCACUAACAUUCCACAAAAAGGAGGAGACAAUAACAAGGGAAACAACAAUAACAAACAGUGACACUGAGGAUUGUCCAAAACUAGUGCCAAUAGUCGAUGAAGAUGGUUUUCAAUUGUAUAAUCCAAAUGAAGAAACAGAUGAUGAUGAUGAAGGAGGAGUAGAAGAAGAAUUAGAGGACGAAGAGGAGGAGGAACAAAAUUAUGAUGAUGAAUCAAUGGAAGAGUAUGAGCAGAACGAUGAUAUGGAUGAUGUGAGUCUGGGUAGUGAAUAUACUGAAAUAAAUUCCGAUGAUGCUGAUUCUUUGCUAUCAGAAGAUAUCAAUGAAAAGUAUCUAAAUAGAGGCCAAGAAGACAGCGAAAGUGAUGAUAGUAUUGAUGAAAAUAUUUGGAAUAAAAAACACAAAGUUGAUGUAAUUGAUGCUACCGGUUAUGAAUGUGAACGAAAGGCUGAUAAAACCGAAGAUCAUACAGAUUUCAGAUUAAAUGAUGAUAUCAAACAAAUACCUUCUUUAAAACUGUAUGAAAAUGUGGAUUUAAAGACUAAAAGUAGUAUUUUAAGUACAACGAUUAUAAAUAAGAAGGUAUUUAAAAUGUUGGAGGAUGUAAAAGAAAAGGAAGAUAAUGUUCUAACUAAUGAAUCAACUGAAGAAACAAGUAAUAUAGAGGAACAAGAAAAAGAAGUUGAAACUGAUCCCAAACAACCAGCAGCAGUUAAAGAAGCAAAUGUAGAAGAAAUGCAACAAGAUGUUGAGAUAUUAGAAGCUCAAGAACAACAGGCCACCAAAGUUACCAAAUCUACAGGACAAAGUCUAGCAGAUUAUAAAACAAAAUUCUUUAAUGCUUUGGAUUCCAAUUUAGUAAUAGUUUUACUGAAAGAUCCUUUUUAUAUCUAUGGCACCGUACGUUUAACUUUAUUAGCUGGUAAUGUGCAAGUCUAUGGUCAUGAUCUAAAACUAAACACCGAAGUUGAAAUAUUCUCUCCCAGAGGCUGUAGUCAAAUAGAAAUUUCCCCCUCUAGUGUGAGGAAUAACAAAAACAAGGAAAACUUAGAGCAAACCUUAAAAUCCUAUGAACAACAUUUCGCUUUGAAUGAUUUGAAAAGCAUAAACGACAACUAUAACCACGAAACUGAUGCUGUAGUUUUGCUUAAACGUAAUGAGGUCAGGAAAAAGUUGGUACAACAAUUUAAAAAAUUCAUGAAUGAAAACGUCUUUCCCAACAUUAACAACAUCAAUAACGAACGUCCACUUUAUAAUACGGAAUAUCUAUUACGUUGCAUGAUUAACACUUCUGUGCAGGAGCAGAAAUGUUUACGUUUGCCCCAACAGUGGCAGCAAAUCAAUGUAACUAAUAAAUCUCGUGUCUUGCUGGCUGGUGGUAAAAGUGUGGGCAAAUCUACUCUUUUAAGAUACUUGAUCAAUCGUGUUUUGCCACAAAAAGUACUUUUAAUUGAUUUGGAUAUAGGACAACCAGAAGUGUUUGUGCCUCAAACAGUUUCCUGCACUGUAGUUGAACAACCCUUAUUAGGGCCCGGCUUUAUGCUAAAUCUGCAGCCAGAAAUAUCCUUUGCCGUGGGACACACCAAUAUAGCUUUAUGUGCUCAUAAGUAUAUGGAGGCAGUACGUGCAUUGAUUGCUUACUGUAAGGCUCAAGAAGCUUACAACAACAUACCCUGGAUAAUUAACACCAUGGGCUAUAAUAAAGGUUUUGGUUUAGAGCUUAUAUCAGCUAUAGUUCAAGAACUCCCUCUAACCGAUCUAAUACAAUUACAAAGUUCGAAAGAGAUUAAUAAUUUUGAUAGCAUUUUACAUGCUCAUGUUUUGAGUCAAGUACCGCGCAUAAUGUUCUCAGAGGAAGGUGGAGACAAACCAAAUUAUCGUUUACAUGUUUGGCAAUCGGCUGUACAACAGGAAUCACGUUAUCAAAAAGAAUGGGAAAUGAGUGCCAAAGAUAUGCGUUAUGCCAUGCUAUUGGCUCGUCUUAGUCAAGCUCUGCAGGGUCACGCAGAAUGGUUAACAGAUAUUAAGCCUUUAAGUGCUUCUUUAAAUGACUUGAAAAUUGUCACUCUCUUGGAAAAUACCGGUUCCAUCUCUAAGGAAGAGUUGGCUAAAUCUGUGGAAGCAAAUCUAGUCUAUUUGUGUCAUCAUCAGGAUGAUGAUAAACCUUUAAAAUGUCUAGGCAUUGGUGUUGUACGAGCUAUCGAUUUCCAUGUUCAGCAAUUGUAUCUUAUACCCGCUGUACCUUACAACCAAUUAAAGCAGGUUAAUUGUGUGGCUUUAGGCGAGAUGCCUUUACCCACUUCACUUUUCACUAAUCAGGGUUGUCGUGUUAAUAAUACUGCUCCAUUUGUUUAUAAUACCAUAGCGGCGAAUGCUUCUAAAGCUAUUAAACAAAUCUACCAUCGUCCACGUAAAUUUCUGUCGGGCAAACAUAAAACGUUAGAUUAAGAAGUUCCUCUUUUUACUUUUUAGUUAUUUUUUUUUUGUUUCGUUUUCUUUUUAUAAGGAAUAUAUUUAAUUUAUUAAAUAAAAAAAAACUAUUUUAA